AUGAGUUCUGAUCGCGGAGAGCUGCGAUUGGCGCAGCCUAAAGAAGAAGUUAUCAAAAAUAUUGCCCGUGGGCUACCGAUCAUCUACUUCCUCCACUUUCCCCUUCUAAAAUCGACACCAGACAUAUCUCUAAUUACUCUAAACAAUGUGCGAUAUUGCGUCGGACUUCCAGAUUUAACAGCAAGAAAAAUUGAAAUUCAACAUAAUUUAUUUCCACCAAUUUACUCCGAUCCAAAUAAUAAUAAUUUUGAUUUUAAUCUUACGACAGCGCCACCUAUAACAUCAACUACAACCCCCGCGCCACCGACGACAUCAUUCACAACCACAGCGCCACCUACAUCAACAUUGGCGACACCUACAACAGAAUAUCCCGAAAAACCACAAACUCUUUAUCAUUCAGCAGAAACAUUUUUUAAAAAAGAAUUCGAAAAAUUAUCAGCAUCAUGUGGGAGGCCAGUAAAUAACGAAAAAUUUAUAUUUACAAACAACAGAAGACUGAGUCCCGGACAAUGGCCUUGGCUUGCCGCCAUUUUCAUUACGCGGGAAAUAUUUGAAUUUCAAUGUACCGGGACUUUAAUUAGCGACCGCCAUAUUUUGACUGCUGCUCACUGCCUUUAUCAUUUUAACCUAAAACUAACCUCAAAUUUAUUUAUCGUAUCUUUGGGACGGUACCGAAUUUCUAACUGGGAUGAGUCACUUGCCGUCAACUAUCAAGUUGAUCAGAUCCACGUCCACCCUGACUACGAACGGGGAAAAUUGAAUGCAGAUAUCGCUGUCUUUAAAUUAUCCGAAACAGUGCGUUACAAAUGGCUGAUACGCCCUCUGUGUUUAUGGCCAGAAGCUAACGCCAGAUUGGACGGAAUCAUUAACCAGCUGGGUUACGUCGCCGGAUGGGGGGACAGAAGCCCGUCACGGGGCAAUAAUGCCGAUGACGAUGAUUAUGACAGUGAUCCUGACCUAAGGAUGGAAAAUGAACAUCAAGUUGCUAAAUUCCACGUGGUUCCCAUAGUCUCGCCUCGUAAAUGUUAUCAGAGCCUCCAACUGAGAAAUUUCAUCACUAAUAAUACGUUUUGCGCCGGUUCACGAAAUGGCCGCAGUGGGCCCUGUAAUGGCGACAGUGGCACGGCGCUCGCUAUUUAUAAUUCUUUAAAUGGAAGAUAUUAUUUAAGGGGAGUGGCUUCGCUGUCUAUUAUGGACAGGAGUAAUCUCGGUUGCGAUUAUAGAGAAUACGUUAUUUACGUUGACGUCGCUAAAUAUCACAUUUGGAUAUUAGGUAAAAUUUUUCAAAAUUAA